ACAAAACUCGAAACCCGAGUAUCAUGUCGCGACAAGCUCAUCUAUUCAUUUUAUUAGUUGCCAUCGCGAUCGUCUAUGGGCUGCCUCAGCAGCAAAGGGCUAAGAGGCCCGUCGUGGAAUUGAGGAACAAGACGGCCGGUUUGACGCUUCCAGACAACGCGACUUUGAUCAGGGAGAACAUCGUGGACAGUUUCUCCUGCCAGGAAAGAAUUUAUGGAUACUACGCGGACAUGGAGAACGACUGCCAGAUUUUCCACGUCUGCAUGCCGCAGGCUAGGGGCUCCAUCCGGUGGAGCUUCAUCUGUCCCGCCGAGACCGUGUUCAAUCAGGCUACGUUCGUUUGCACGAAAACGGAGAACUCUAUACCGUGCGAAGAAUCGGAGAAAUUUUACGACCUGAACGAGGCUAUCGGAAAGGAAAUUGAAGAGGAGAGCGAAAUGGAACAGUCGACGAAGGAAUCGGACGUGGAACCGAUCUCCAGCAGACCUCCGAGCAGGACGUCUAGGAUUUCGAACCGGAGGAGAUCGGCGAGGAAUCAGUGAUCUUCUGUGAACGAUC